ACUAAUGGUAAUCAAAAUGCUCGCGCCGUUCAGCCGCCGUUCUGAUUUAAUUCUUCCUUUCCAAGAGUCGGUAAAUUUUGAUGUUAAGGCGUAAACGGAGUGUGUGAAAAAAGUUUUAUUUAUUAUUUGGAUAAGUGUUUAAUAGGAACAAAAAUGUCCACAGCGGAAGCUCAAAUUAAUGUAAAUACCAAUUUACAACAGCAGGAUCUAAAUAAUUUGAAUGUCAGCAAUUUGACGCCGCUUUCGCCUGAAGUCAUUUCUCGACAAGCCACUAUUAAUAUUGGUACCAUCGGUCAUGUAGCCCACGGUAAAUCGACAGUGGUAAAAGCUAUUUCUGGUGUGCAGACUGUUCGUUUCAAAAAUGAACUGGAGAGAAAUAUUACAAUUAAACUUGAACGCAUAAGUACACAACGCAUGCAAGCACUGCUAGCAUCUAAGGAACUAUUACGCGAACACGAAAAGCAAGAAGAGGCGAAAAGGAAGCAAAGACUGAAGCAAAGGCAAUUACUAAAACAACAGCAAAAACUCCAAGAAUUGAAUGGACAAACUUCGCUGGCGCGUACUUUCUCAGCGGACAGCCUGCUGGAGCGUGGAUCUUCCUCUUGUCCCAGCAGUGGUUAUGAAAGCGACAAUGCAUCUAUUUGUAGCGGAGAUUCUCUCUUUGUAAAAUCUCCACCCAAAUCCCUUAUCAUACGGCUAACCAAGUCCAAUCUCGUAGAGGAUGCUUUGCAAAGGAAAAUUGUCAAACGCCGUCGUAGUUCUUGUCAUAGUAACAGCAGCGGUACCACUCCCAGGCCGGCAAAACGACAAAAGCAAGAGUAUGAAGUGGAAAAAAUUGAGAGUCUUGAGUCUAUUAACGCCGAACCAGUAUUUUUUGUUAAAUGGCUCAACUAUCCCAAAUCACAAAAUACUUGGGAAAGUUUAGCCAAUUUGAGUGAAUGUGCUCUCUUGGAUGGCUUCAUUGAGUCCAUGAUGGUGCUGCACCAGAGGGUCAUAGAGAAUAUACGUCAAGAAAUCGAGGAACAAAUUGGUGCCGAAAAUUUGACCCUAAAGCCCUCAGAGGUUAGCAUGAAAGAUUUGGACGAGUAUGACCCAGUGAAAUUGAAGGUAGAUCUCAUCUUAUUGGCCCAAUUUAUAAAUGCGCGCUCAAGGAGCCAGCGUGAACCAGAGAAAAUACGUCAGCGAGUAGUACAGUCAAUGCUUAUGGCUCCUUUGCAUUAUAUAAGAAAAAAACAAAUGGCUUCCAUACGCGAAUGGCAAGAACGUAUGAAUAUGUGUGAAACUGAAUCUCCCAUUGUGGUGGAAAACAAUGUCGACCUGGAUAUUUUGGAUCCCAAUUUUCAGUAUAUAAUCAAAAAUUUCGCUGGAAACGGUGUUGAAUUGCCCCAUGGUCCGAAACUCGGUUGUAAAUGCGUGGACGGCUGCGCCCCAUCAACAAAGUGCUGCGCACGAAUGUCAGAUAGCUAUUUUGCCUAUGAGAAGAAUGGGCGGUUGCGCAUAUAUCCUGGUGAAGCCAUUUAUGAAUGCAAUGCAAGCUGCGCUUGCUCGAAUGACUGUCCUAAUCGCGUCAUUCAAAGGGGUCGUCACAAUACUCUAUGUCUUUUCAAGACGUCCAAUGGACGUGGAUGGGGUGUGCGCACAGAAAAGCCCAUGCGAAAGGGCGAAUUCGUCGGCGAAUAUGUGGGUGAGAUAAUCACAUGUGAAGAGGCCGAUGAAAGGGGCAAGCAAUACGAUGCCGUUGGCCGCACUUAUCUCUUCGAUUUGGACUACAAUACCAACCAGCCGCAAAGCAAGUACACCAUUGAUGCCGCAGUACAUGGCAAUAUUUGUCAUUUCUUUAACCACUCGUGUGAUCCAAAUCUGGCUGUCUUUCCCUUUUGGAUUGACACUCUGGACAUUGAUAUGCCUCGUUUGGCCUUUUUUACAUUGCGUCCCAUCAAGCCUGGUGAGGAGCUAACAUUCGAUUAUAUUCGCGGCAGCGACGGUGCUGAUGAUUAUGAAAACCUUUCAGAAGCCGAGAAGGUUUCAUGCCGUUGUGGCGCCGAUAAUUGUCGUAAAGUUUUAUUUUAAGUUUUGGACAUUUAUUAUGUAGACUUUUUAAAUUUUUAAAUAUAUAUAUUUUAAUAUUUUUCUUUAA